CCCCGCCCCGCGCCGGGACAGCCGCGCACGGCCGCGCCGGAGCCACGGGCUGCACUUGUUGAUCCCCGUGCCGAGGCAGCGGGAGGAAGCCCCGGAGCUUCCCUUUGUGUCUGCCCGGAGAGAGGGCUGGGGGGCGGGCGCAGACGCGGCUCCGGCGCUGGCUGUAGGUAGGAGUGAGGAGCCGCAGCCGAGGGAAGGCCUUGGAAAGCUUCCUGCCGAAGGAUCCGAUUUGCCUCGUUUCCCUUCCCCUCCCCCUGGGCUCCGUGGACAGCCGGGAGCGCCGCCGCCAUCCCUCCGCCUUGAGGCUGCCCGCGGGGGGAUGCGAGCGGGGCCGCCCCUGCCGCCCGCCCCGCCGCAGGAUGUAGCCGCCCUCGGCCCCGCACGCCCCGCGCCGCCUCGCCGGGAGCCCGCAGGAGGAGCUCUGGGGCAUGGAGGGGAAGGAGAGGUGAGGAGAGCCGGCCCCCGCGCCCUGCCCCGCGCCGCACCGUGCAGCGUCCAGCCUGAGGGGGACCAGCGAUGCCUCUGGGGAUGAAUAAGCAUGGAUCUCGCUCUACUACCUCUUUGCCUCCAGACCCCACCGAGAUCGUCAGGAGCAAGGCCUGCUCCCGAAGGGUCAAGCUCAACGUGGGGGGGCUGGCCCACGAGGUUCUCUGGCGGACCUUGGACAGGUUGCCACGGACCAGGCUGGGUAAGCUCAGAGACUGCAACACGCACGACUCCCUCAUGGAGAUCUGUGAUGACUACAACCUGGAGGAGAACGAGUACUUCUUUGACAGGCAUCCCGGGGCAUUCACCUCUAUCUUGAACUUCUAUCGUACUGGUAAGCUGCACAUGAUGGAGGAGAUGUGCGCCUUGUCCUUCAGCCAGGAGCUGGACUACUGGGGGGUGGAUGAGAUCUACCUGGAGUCCUGCUGCCAGGCCCGCUACCACCAGAAGAAAGAGCAGAUGAAUGAGGAGCUGAAGAGAGAAGCAGAGACCCUGAGGGAAAGGGAAGGGGAGGAAUUCGAUAACACUUGCUGUGCUGAGAAAAGGAAAAAACUCUGGGACCUCCUGGAGAAGCCCAACUCCUCCGUAGCAGCCAAGAUUUUGGCAAUCAUUUCCAUCAUGUUUAUUGUACUAUCUACAAUUGCCUUGUCCCUUAAUACACUUCCUGAACUACAAGGCGUGGAUGAAUUUGGGCAGACCACAGAUAACCCCCAGCUCGCCCAUGUGGAAGCGGUGUGCAUUGCGUGGUUUACAAUGGAAUACCUCCUGCGGUUCCUCUCCUCGCCUAAGAAAUGGAAGUUUUUCAAAGGCCCACUGAAUGCUAUAGAUUUGCUGGCUAUCUUACCCUACUAUGUUACUAUCUUCCUCACAGAAUCCAAUAAAAGUGUACUUCAGUUCCAAAAUGUACGAAGAGUGGUCCAAAUAUUUCGGAUUAUGAGGAUACUCCGGAUUCUAAAGCUCGCCCGGCACUCAACGGGUUUACAGUCCUUGGGAUUUACAUUGAGGAGGAGUUACAAUGAACUUGGAUUACUCAUCUUGUUUUUGGCUAUGGGCAUUAUGAUCUUCUCCAGUUUAGUGUUUUUUGCAGAAAAAGAUGAGGAUGAUACAAAAUUCAAGAGCAUCCCAGCUUCUUUCUGGUGGGCAACAAUCACCAUGACAACAGUAGGCUAUGGAGACAUUUACCCCAAAACUCUUUUGGGUAAAAUAGUAGGAGGACUGUGCUGCAUUGCUGGUGUGCUGGUGAUAGCUCUUCCCAUCCCAAUUAUUGUCAAUAACUUCUCCGAGUUUUACAAAGAGCAGAAGAGGCAGGAGAAAGCCAUUAAGCGCAGGGAAGCUCUUGAAAGAGCAAAAAGGAAUGGCAGUAUUGUUUCCAUGAACAUGAAGGAUGCGUUUGCCCGUAGCAUAGAACUGAUGGACAUCGUGGUUGAAAAGAAUGGAGAAAGCAUAGCCAAAAAGGAUAAAGUUCAGGACAAUCAUUUAUCUCCAAGCAAAUGGAAAUGGACCAAGAGAACACUCUCUGAAACUAGUUCUAGUAAAUCUUUUGAAACUAAGGAACAAGGGUCCCCAGAAAAAGCCAGGUCAUCUUCAAGUCCCCAGCACCUGAAUGUCCAACAGCUUGAGGACAUGUACAACAAAAUGGCAAAGACUCAGUCCCAGCCAAACCUUAACACUAAAGAGUCGAGUCAAUCGGGAAAGCAAAAGGAAGAGCUGGAAAUGGAAACCCUUCCUGGCCCUAUGGUGCCCCUGCUGGCAACUCGCACUGAUGGGAUCAUUGACAUGAGGAGCAUGUCCAGCAUCGACAGCUUCAUAAGCUGCGCAGCCGAGUUCCCUGACUCCGGGCGGUUCUCGCACAGCCCGCUCACUGCCCUGCCCUGCAAGGGCGGCAUUAACGUCAUUCAGGAGCAGAGCAGGCCAGAGGGGAGCAGUGCCAGGUACGUGGAAAUGAACCCAAGCUCCGAAAGCAGCCACCGUUCUGCUUUUUUCAUUGAAAGUCCCAAAAGCUCCAUAAAGGCCAGUAACCCUUUAAAACUAAGAUCUCUGAAAGUUAAUUUCAUGGAAGAGGACACCAGCACAUUAGUACCAGCAUCAAAUGUACUGAGAACAUAUCCAGACCCUCUCAAGAGCCAGGGAGCUGCUGCUGCUGCCACAGAUAGUUCCUUAUUCUCUGACAGGUCUCUCAUGAGCCCAGAAACCUCGAUCUACACAACUGCGAGUGCAAGAACCCCCCCAAAGUCACCGGAGCCGCAGGCAGCCAUAGCUUUCAACUUCCAUGAUGCUGGUAUACACAAAUAUAUAGAUGCUGACACUGAUGAUGAAGGUCAGCUGAUGUAUGAUUCAAGUCCACCUGGAAAUGUGAGUCCCAAGUACAAUGUUGCAAACAGUGGCUAUCUAAAGCAAAAGGACCAUGUUUAUAGAACAGAGAAGAACCAUCUAGAAGCUGCUGCUUUACCCACCUCCCCUAAGCUGAUAGGGCAGAACUGCAUUUACUCUAUGGAAGGUAUCACUGGAAGAACCCAGGGCAAUCAGGAGACUGUCAGACUAGAAAAUCACAUUUCCCCAGAAGUCCAUGUAUUACCAGGCAGUGGAGGACAUGCUAACACACAUGAUCAAAGCAUCUGAGGUGGGGUCUGAAAGAAUUUACUGAGAGUUUAAAGGAAUAUCUUCACAGUCAACACAAACAAAAGAGCUUCUGCAUGGCAUGAACUUGGCUGAAACAAGCCACCUGUUUCUAAAAGUCUGGGGGAGGUCCAGUGUGGGUUUGUGAAAAUGUCCUUCUCUGAAACAACUCUAAAGACAUUGCCCACAUCAGUCAAAAAAAUGAUUGCAAAUCAUGAUCACACAUUGAUCUCCUUUCAUGUUGUCCAGUGAAGCCAAUGUGACCAAAUACCCAUCCAUUCCCCUUGAACGCUAGAGCUCCUUUUGGAAAUAUUAACAUCUGAUUUGCAUUAGUUCCAUAAAGGAUGCCAAGGCAGCCAGAUUUGAACUCUGGAAUAAAUUGCUGGGGUUGGUAUAAAGCUUUCAAAAACAAUGCUCACUGCUUCAGGGCAGCUGUUCCCCAUCUACAGCUUUUUCUGAUGGAUAUUAUGUCUAAAGGUAACAGGGAACACUUGCAUUAUUGGAAAAUCCAAGUGAAAAGCAUUUGAAACAAAUAAUGGUCUAGAGAAACCAAUUUUUAAAAUGCUCUUUGUGUGUUUAACAAUCUGAUAUCCUGUAGGACCUGACGUUUUCUUUUGAAAUAUCAGCAGGGUGAGUUGCACCACUUGUAUCUAAUUCCAAACACGCCCUAAGACAUAGUGAGACUUGCACUUACCCUCUGCUAAAAGCCGGUACCUGCCCCAGGGCCAGCGCGUGGCCCUUGGUGGCCCACGGCCCACGCUGGGAAGGUGUGGAGGAGCCGUGCAGAAGCAGGACUCUCCGAGGCAUCGCAGCCAGAGCCCCUCCCGGUGCCGGGGCGCGCAGGGCUGGAAGGAGAGCGCGGCUCUCGCCCGGCCCGUGCCGGGGCUCCGGCGCUGCCCUGGGCUCCCCUCCCGCCCGGCUCCAGGCGCAGCCCAGGCUCGCCCGUGGCGCACGAGAGGAGCAGGCUGGUGCGAAGCUUUUUGCGCCCAAGCAGCGCAGUGAAAGAUAUGCAAGUGUUACAUAAAUAUGCAAAAAGAGGGAUUCGUUAGUGACCCGUCCCAGGCCUGGCUGUGCUCCCUCUCGCCAGGAGGUCGGGCAGGAGAGGCUCCUGCAGGGCUGUGGCACGAAGCAGCUGCGAGAGGCAGGAGAAUCAGGCCUGACAUUUUAAUAGCAUCCAGUCAUUUUUAAAUGAAACAAAAAAAAGAGGAGAAAAAAAAAAAAUCUGACCAUUUUAAGUGAACAGAACUAGCAGCCACCAGCCUAGGUUUUUAAAAUAUUAUGGUUUCAAUAAAGUUAUGUCAAAUUGUGUAGGAAAUAAUUUGUCUUUGGUUUUUAAUCUCGGGGGGGAAAAGCACUUUACGUUGACUUUUUGUUGUCGUUGUUGCAAUGCUGGAGUAGGAUAGCAGAGUGUAACAAUCAAGCACUUUAACCAAGCACUACUUUAAUUUGUGCCUCUUGUUGUGACUGUGAUUUGUUACACACUUGUAGCAAGUCACAACUUGUCCUGUGAUAACUGUGAUGGUAACCUUUUAUGUUGUUCUCUGUUUCUACUGUAAAACUCAGUUGUAAAUAACUCUGUCAAUGAGCGUUUCCUGACCUGUCCCUGAGUUCCUGCCGGGGUGUGUAGCAAUCUGCAGGCAGCGGGUCCGGGGAUAAGCUGAGACACGGGACGUGGGAGCAGAGGGGCACACGUGGGAGGAAGACCCCCCCGAAGCCACUCGAGUCCACUGCAUUUUGUUCCUUCCUAUUGUAAACAACAAGUGUUGGUUAGUCCUGAAUGUAGCCGUGUGUCCGUCCCGGCCGUGCAGCACUGUCUGUAACCCGUAAUAGUGAAUGCAGCAUGUACGGACAAAAGCAAUAAGCACAUAUCUGUUUUAGGAGCUGACAUGGGUUGUGAGGAUGGCUUUGCCAGGUGUCUCCUUGGCACAGAGCUGUGCCCACGGUGCAGUGACUCUGCUCUGCUCAGCCCCGGUGGCCCAGCAGGGCGAGGCCCGGGGGGGACCUGAGCCAGCAGCUCAGGAAGGAGCCGAAGGGCAGCGAGAGCCCUGGUGCCAAGCAAAGAGAGACGCGGAAGGUGCCCAGAGCACCGCGUGUGCAGGCGAAACUCCCCAGGGUAUUUACGCAGGGCCAGUUCCUGAGGUUUGUUCGCUUUUACUCCGCCUUCCUUCAGCCGAAACCGCCGCUCCUCCGAGUGGGCUCUCUGCCUGGUGAAGGACUUUAGGAUUUGGCCAUAGUAAAUACAAGUGUACUUAGAGGAACCGACGUAUUGCUGAGAUACUAGUUAAGAUUGAGUCGUCACAAAAAAGUAAAGUAACUUUCCAGCAGAUAAGCUUUAAAAACUGAUUUAUUCUGUGGAUUUCUGAGGCCACAGAGCAGCAACGAGAAAUCUUAAAGAGAACAGUUUUAAUAUAAUCUCUAUGUUUCAGUGAUCAGUCAUGUCUGCCAUCAGCACAAAUGUAAAAAGAAGAAAAAUCAGGGAAUUUUUUAAAAUAAAGUAAUAGUGAUUUCCAAGUUAAAUAUUUUUAGAGCUGAUGCUUUCAUGUGGAAAAAAAAGUCAUAUUUUACAUGUCACGAAAGUGAACGUAUUUAAAUAUAGCCAUAUAGUGUAGUAUUUACCACACUCUCAUCCAAAUUGAUGUAUUUGGUUUAUAGAUGGCACUGACAAAAAUGUAUAAAUCAACAGUUCUAUCAUUUUUUAUCUGAUAGUCAACUGGUGCAACUCUCCUUGUAACCAAAGGCCCUCUGUCUGCCUUGCGUGAUCGCUCACGACACACACCUUAUGUCAUCUAUUUAGUCCUACCUUUAAAGUAGCAUUUUACUGAGUCACUUUUGAAAGCCAAAUUCAAAAGUAUCAUUAAAAAAUCUACCUUUUAAGCCUGAAUAGCCAAAGUCCUAUAGAUUUCUUAUAGAAAGCAAAUAAUUUAAAAUUAAGCAUAUAAUAUGCUUGAAGAGCAUUUCUUUCUUAUUUGUGUACGAAGAUGUAGCUCUCAUUUUGUGCCCAAUUAAAAAGGAAGUAUGUUGAAUUUAUUUUAAUGAAAUAAAGUCUGAAUACAAAGUAUGUAUCUAUAUAUGUGUGUGUGUGCAUAAUACACAUAUAUAUAAUGUAAGCACUGGGAAAUCUACUCUAACCUAAAGCUAUGGUAGACUAAGUCUGUACUCACUGCAAAGGAAAAGCAGUGCUUUGAAAACAUAAUGCUCACCAAAUCCUAUAGAUCCGAGAAGGACAAUUUAAUUUUUGUUUGUUUAAUACAUGUUUCCCAAAGUUCAUAGCAGUUGGGGAAAACAGGGAAUAUCUCUUGCAUCGAGCUAAAGCGUGUGGUUUAAUCACUGAUAUUGGGCAUUCAGGUCUGCAAAUUUACUGAGCACCAAGUAUCGAGCAAGCUGACAGAGCCUCACCUGCUGCUGCAGAAGGCAUCAUACCUGAAAGAACUCUCUCUGGACGUGUGAUGUCUGCACUUGCUUGUAUCUUAUGCCAUCAACAUCAUUUUUAAUACAUACCUAUAAAUAUAUAUAUAGAACAUAUAUAUAUAUAUAUGUGAAAGGAGAGGGUGCAGUUUUCUUAACCAGGAGGCAAAGAUUCUUUGAGUUUUAGCCUUGAACAGAGGAACAAAGCAGUGACUUUGCAGUAGAUUUCUCAGUGCCUUUUCUUAAAAACAUCACCUAAGCACACUUAUGGAAAAAAAACCCAACCCAAAACAAGAGUCUCCUGUGAAAUCCACAUUUUUCAGAGAUGUUUGAGAGUCAAAAAAAGGUAGAAGAAAGGAAAAAAAAAAAAAAAACCAAGAGAGAGGAAAAUAAAUCCAUGGAACGCACAUUCCCUUCCUGAACAUGCCGUGUGUCAAAUGCUGGGGAGUAUCUGCCUGUGCGAGUCAUGAGAAACACAUCUGAGGCGGUCAGGUUGUUUGGCAACUGUGGCUGUGAUAAACUGUAGCCUUUUCUUCCCUUGCAGCUAAUAAGAUACACAUUUCUAAGGAAAACAGUAUUCUUCUUCUGUAAAAUUGUAAUGUAUUGUUAAUAUUUGUACCUAUUGUAUAUUUAUGUCUUGACAGAAUUAUGACCAGUACAGUUUAUAGUAAAUAACAAGGUUAUGUAAAAUUCAUUGCAAAGACAAGGUUUCUAAAGCCACGUUCUCUCUGUUGGUAAGCUCCACAGAACACCUCAUUCUAAAGCAAAUCCUACAGUUCCUGAGUGAAGUAGUCGAGUGAAGGAGGCCAUGUGGCGCCGGUGCCCUCCUGCACAGCCGGAGCAAGAUGGGCUUCCCUGGGGCUCUAAAUUAGCCCCAACUCCUCCAUGUUUGGUCACUCACUUCUGCUUAUGGUAAUCAGACAGAACAAGUGCUACCUUGGGUUCAUUUGGGGAGAAUAUGGCUUUAAAUAGUUCCUGAAUAAAGUACAGAUGUUCUAGUUACCUCUGUACCUCCUGCUUGCCAUUGUGUUGGCUUUAUAAGUAUCUGAUGUAUGGAAAAGUCGUGUGACUUUCAUGCAUUCCAGAGUAGUCUAUUUUUCUGUUCAGAUUUAAAAAAAAAUUAUAUAUAUAUAAAAAUAUAAAUAUAUAUCUGUAUUUUUAGCAAAUUUAUAAUAGGGCAAUCAAGUCAGAUUUCUUCUUUUUGUAUUACAGAAUAAUAUAUUAGAUGCUCUCUCAGUGUUCAUUUACACAGCUGAUCCCCCAACCUUUUUGUUGUUGUUAUUUCCUUUUUUUCUGAUAAACACCUGCAACAUUCCUCCUGGAAGGGCAUCUGUGAAAGGUCAUGGGGUUUGUCUGAUGUUGUCAUGUUUUCGUAUUUUCCUGUUUGUGGUACUUAACCAGGGACUGGCUGUGGGAACUGAGAUGUUCCUGCUGAGAAACAUGGAGCGGGCCAGACCCUGCCUUCGGUGAUGGCAGGGGAAAGGUCACCCAACACCACUGGCUGCAGUUUCUCCAGAUUUACAUCGAUUAAACUGAGAACAGAAAGAAGAGACAGGUUUUGAAUCUAAUUGUCCUAAUAGUGACAUGGUGGAGUUGAGAUAAGCAUCAAAAUUUAGGCUCUUAUUCAAGGCAAUGACCUGACAAUGCUCAGGCACCUUCAGAGAAGUUUUUCCUUGAUUAAAACAGAAGUGUCCAGACUUUCAUUUCCCACUGGGUUUUGGAAUUUUUAUUUUUGGUCCCAGAGAAAAUCAGGAAAUGAGGAAAAAUUAUGGAGGAGUGAGAAACAUAAACAUUCAGAAAGAGGCCAGAUUUUGAUUUAGUUAUGGUAAAAUCUGUCCAUGUACCUGCUUACUUAAUGAUCUUCCUUGCUCCUUUAUAGCUGUACCACAGCUAUAUUCACAGAAAUUUAAUAAUAAAAGUCCGUGAGAUAAAUGUUCAUCCUGAAGCUAUCUCAUGGCCUCUUGAAGUUUAGCACGAUGAAGAGCCUCAGACCCACUCUAGCUCUGCACAGACAUUUCCUUUCGAUUCUGCCUAGCAGUUUAGUAAGUGACCAUGCUUUUGCCAAAGAUGGAGUUUUGGUUCCACUUGCUUUCAUUUUGUGAGAUUUUCUUACAUGUCCACCAUAAUAGCCAAUAAACCUGAAAGAGGUUUCGUUUGGAAAGGUGUGUGUUUCAUAAGGUCCAGGUAUCCCUCAAAUGAAAGGAAUAACCAGUAGACCUAGUUUUGCAUGUGAUUAUCAGCAAGACCAGUUCACAAAUGAAGGUAUUAAAGUUGGGUGGGAUUUUUCUUUUCUAGGAAGCAAUUAAUGCAAUAGGCUGCCAUAUUUGUCAUCAGUGAUCACAUAAAUCCCUUCAAAAGGCACCUUCCGUGUCAGCAGGUUUAUUAGAGCAUAGUCAACAAAACCAUAGAAAGCUUCUAGUCAGACCACUCUUAACUUUGCCCUCCCACACCAGGACAGGAACAGCCCAAAUACCACCCAGCCCUUUGAAGAAGAGAGGUUUAUUUUCCAGCAUGCAUCUCACACCCCAUGCUGAUCACACUUAGGCUCUUGCACUGAAACUUUGUCUCGGCCAGGCAAAGGAAACCUUAGGAAAACUGAAAGUCUUCAUCCAGAAUGUGUAUCCCAUUUGUUGCUGGUGUUACCUAAGCCACAAUAAGUGUCCUUUGACACCAAUGGUUGGGUGCCACAAGUGUUCAUAUCUAUAAAUACUACUCCGAAUUUUGCUUUGCUUGAUUCUGGCUUCAUCGCACAAGAAGUUUUCAGUCUUAGGGGCUUAGAAGAAAAAGCAAAACCUUCCUUUUUUCUUUUAACUAGAAAUAAUACUGUUGAUGCUGUGUAGGACUGAACAAGGAUUAACCUUUAUUUUUAAAGGGGUCUUUCCAAGACUGCAGUGACACUACCUUCAAAAAUUAAUAAUAAGGCUGAACUCUGUACAAAGACCCCUCAAAACUAGAGCCUCAUGAAAGCCAGGGAGUGAAUUUAUAUGAAAUGCCAAAUUCUUUGCUGCUGUAAGUUAAAGCCCAUUGAGGCCAAUGGAGCUGUGCCCCAUUUAGACCAGUAAAGAAUUUGGACCCGUAUCUCUGAAAGCUAAUGGAAAACUAAUAGCAUUGUAUGGCCUCAGGGCUGGAGGUGUCUGCCCACAGCACAUACUUGGAAACCGGUGGGGUGAGGGAAUGGGAAACAGAGGCAGGUCAGUGAAAGCCUGGGAAAGGGGCAAACCUUCAGGCAAGAGGGUGACAGUCAUUCCAGACAUGACUGAGCAUCCCUCCAUGUCAGCUCACUCUUAGCGGACUUGAUGCCACAAACAGCAUCCCAAACUCACAGGUGACUGUCCCUACAGCAGGGUCCCAGCCUCAGCCCCACAGUUCAGUGCUCUCAGCCCUCGGUCCAGGGACUUACUGAAGCUGGGAGGACACUACCGGCAGAUGGGCUACUGGUCACUUUGAAUUGUGGCACAACCUCUGGUCCUGUUGGUAGUCUACAUUUAAGACCAUUCAUCUGUUCUUCUCUACUCUGUGUUUUUCAUUUAGGAGCUCUGCCAUUUGUGACUCUUCUUCCUGUUAUGCUUUACUGCCUCCACAUACCAUUAGCCACACGUUGGCUCCUGCAACCCCUGGGAUUUAUGUCAGUUUUGUUGGCUUGUGAUGAACAUUUUUCCCCCCAUUCUCUGGCUUUUUGGUGGUCAAUGCAGAAAAUUACUUUUGCAUUCAACCAUUCCCCACUGGUGUGUUUGGAGGGAGGGUGGGGGAGCAGCACCUCCAUUUUACUUUGAAUUUUGAAGCCAUGAUACUGUACUCAGAAAGGCCAGCCACAGCUACCAACCAAACUCUCUUUCCAACUAGAUUAGCAUUAAAAAAAUACACCCCCACUUCCUGCAGCAGAAUCCUGCUCUCUCAUCAGGCCAGUGAAGCAGUUUCGGAAAAGGGAGAAAACCUUAGCGAGGCCAUGCUGUGAGUGCUGCUCAGUGAUGCCCCCGGGGCUGCGCUGCCACCGCGGCUGCCCCGCGUUUCACAGGCGGGGGCCAGCCCGGGCCCUCCUCCAGUAGCCCAGGACCUGCAGGGCCCCUGAGCCCAGGCAAAGGCUUCCCAGUGACAUCUGCAAAGGGCAGCCAUAAGCAUCCAUAGUCACUGAAGGAUAGGAAAGCUGUGGGGGUCCUUUUAAAAAAGAAAGUGAUACUUAACAAAUAAAAACUGGAAAAUGUGUUUCCUGUGGCUCUGCUGGUACAUGUAGAUCAAAUUGCUUUUAUAGCUGGAAGUUGAAACUGAUUAUGACCCAGAAAGGGCAGACUAGGACCGGUUUCUCCAUUGCCUUGCACUGGGUUAUUUUUUAACCUGCGCAGUGGGGAAUCAAUGGAGAACCCAGUUCAGCAUGUCUGUAAGGAAGGGCAGUGCUUGUGCCCGAUAGCCCAGCAGAUCCUGCAUGUCUUGCACAAUCUCUUCAUUCGGUUAUAUUGGAAUUCACUGUCCAGUGCACCAGCAGAAGUUUUCUUCCCUUUUAAGAAAUGUUUCAAUGCCCUGGCACUUUGGGGUGAUUACAGCAACAUUAGCCAUAUACUGAUAUACUUAGAGUCUUACAUUUUUUGUAACUUUGAUUUAGUCAUUCUUUGUUGAAGUUUAUUGACCUCUCCAGUUGUUUCUGUAAAACAAAUUAUUAAAAAAAAUCCGUCUUUAUAUGCAUGUAGUAGUAUGAAACUGUGAUCAAUGUGUGACAUUCUGAAACUGUACUGUCUUGUAAAAUAUGUCCAAAUGUCUAAGGGUUUUAAAGCAAUGGUCCCUUACUACAGCCUACAGAAAUAAAUAAAAAGGAAUGGAAAAACCUAAA